UAUCUUUAACCUAUACCACAUCCCUCUAUGGAAACUGCUUUAGUCUCAAGCUGGACCUGUGUCUCAGACAGAGAAGAGCAGUCUUGGAGGAACCUGUCUUUUCAAUCCACUGGCUGCCUAGUGGAAGGCACCUUUGUUUAUUCAAUAUUGAAAUAUGACCAGGCACGGUGGCACACACCUCUAAUCCCAGCAGUUCAGGAGGCUGAGGCUGGAGGAUCUCAAGUUCAAAGCCAGCCUCAGCAAAGGAGACCUGGUGAGCCUCCAUUGAUAAAAGGCUGGCUUCCUUAUUUUGGAGUAGCCCUGAACUUACAAAAAGAUCCCUUAGGGUACUUGAAAUUUCUCCAAAAGCAACAUGGUAACAUAUUCACUGUUCUCCUUGGAGGGAAAUACGUAACAUUUAUUUUGGACCCUUUCCAGUACCCAUUAGUGAUGAAAAAUCACAAACAAUUAAGCUUUGACGUGUUUUCUAGAAAACUAUCAGAGAAAGCAUUCUCCAUCAAGAAGUCCAUGAAAAAUGAAGACUUGACCCAUGAACUUCAUGUUGCCUAUCAAUUUUUGCAAGGCAAAUCUUUGGACACACUCUUGGAAAACAUGCUACAGAAUCUAAAACAAAUGUUUGAGCCCCAACUAUUAAAAACCAAAAAUUGGAACACAGCACAAAUGUUAACAUUCUACCGCUCAAUAAUAUUUGAGGUCACGUUUAGGACCAUAUAUGGAAAAAUUCCUGCUGGAGACAAGAAAAGAAUUAUCAGUGAGCUAAGAGACGAUUUUUUCAAAUUUGAUGACAAGUUCUCAUACUUAAUUUCUGACAUACCCAUUGAGCUUCUAGGAAAUGUCAAGUCUCUGCAGAAGAAAAUUAUAAACUCCCUGAGAUCAGAAAACUUAGCUAAGAUACAAGGAUGGUCAGAAAUUGUGCAAAGGAGGCAAGAGAUCCUAGAGAAGUAUUUGGUACAGGACCUUGAAAUAGGAGCACAUCAUUUUGCCUUUCUCUGGGCCUCUGUGGCAAACACGAUUCCAGCCAUGUUCUGGGCAAUGUAUUAUCUUCUCCAGCACCCAGAAGCAAUGGAAGCACUGCGUGACGAAAUUGACUGUUUGCUGAAGUCAACAGGUCAAAAGAAAGGAUCUGGAUUUUCUCUCCACCUCACCAGAGAACAAUUGGACAGCCUGGUCUGCCUAGAAAGCAUCAUUUUUGAGGUUUUUCGGCUGCACUCAUAUUCCAGCGUCAUUCGUUUUGUUCAAGAGGAUUUUACUUUCAGUUCAGAGAAUGGAGACUACUGUCUGCGAAAGGGAGACCUGAUUGCCAUCUUUCCUCCAAUGCAACAUAGUGACCCUGAAAUCUUUGAAGCUCCAGAGGAGUUUAGAUUUGAUCGUUUUAUUGAAGAUGGCAAGAAGAAAACCAUCUUUUCCAAAGGAGGCAAAAACCAGAAGUUUUCAGUUAUGCCAUUUGGACUUGGAAUCACAAAAUGUCCAGGUCGAUAUGUGGCAGUUGUUGAAAUGAAACUAUUGUUGCUUAUAUUUGUAACUUAUUUUGAUUUAGAGAUAAUAGACAAAAAGCCUGUUGGAUUAGACUACAACCGCUUAUGGAUUGGUAUUCAGCAUCCAGAAUCUGAUGUUUUAUUUAGGUACAAGGCAAAAUCUUAGAGAAGCUAAAAGGCAGGAAAAGAAAUCUACCUAAAUGAACAUAAAUGUCCUAAGCUUAUCUGUUGGUUUUUAAUUUCUGCAAAUGCAAUUGCUAUGUUUACUUAAGAAGCACCAAUUUAUAUUUGAUCUUAGAACAGUCCAGUUUGUAUUUGAUUACAAAGUCUAUCAUAAAAUAAAACAGAAUGAUAUCAUAAAAUGUACAUCAAAAUCAACUUUGUGUUAAGUUCAAAAUAGCUUGGUUUUAGUUUUUACUUAUUGUGAUUCUCACCUGUUACAGUGGUUUUACUUUUACAGCAAUCAAUUCGGCAGUGUGGGAUUUGUUUUUUAAAGUCACUUAAAUUCUUUGCUAAUAUGUAAGAGUACAUUUUAUGUUCCACUGGAAAAUUGUACUGGAAAUGUACACAGUCUAACAAAUUCCAAAUUCUCAGAGAACAAGGAAAUUAAAUUUCCAUGAGCUACACUGGAUGAAAAUGUUCCCUUCAAGUGUAAUAUCAAUAAUAUCUAUAUUGCCAGGGUACGUUUGCAUUAAAUGAGUUUUGCAGUAGAUUAAAUGCUUCAACUUCACUUCAAUAUUUAAUCAUCCAUAAAUGCUCUUUAUUACUUUGUAUACUAUUGCUCAAUAGAACAAAAUUUCUUGUUAUGUAAGACCUCUUAUGUUCAAGUUAGAUACUGAUAAGAUUAAAUGCAUAGGAAAACACAAAACCUAUUAUAUAUUCAGCAAUUGCCCUAGACAUUAGUAUUAGGUUUAUUAUAGGAGCAAAUGUUGAAAUCAUUACAGCAUUGAUUGUAGCAUCUGGCCUUAGUAUAAACUCUGGGGGUUAUGCCAACAUUGCAUUGAACUUUUCUUAAAUGCUUCCAUUUAUAUAAAUGGAGAAACUAAAUACUAGUAUUUGUUCUUGACAUCUUGCCUUUUUUCAUUUACAAAAUUUUGAAUUAUAAAAUUAUAUAAUGCAAUAUAAUUUCAUGACACAACGCAACAUUAUGUCAUCUGAUCCAAAGAUUUGUAAUAUUAGAUUAUCAAGUUGUUGACAUUUGACAUAAAGAGUGAUACACUAUAUAAACAGUCAAUGCAGGUAAUUAAGCUCAGUUAAUUCAUGCUACAUUAAUUCUAAUAGUUCAAAAAUUUGCUAUUUUUAAACAAGAAAUUAAUUUUCAAAUAACAAAAUGCUUAUUAUACUUAGUAAGUAAACAAGAUUGUCUAACAUCUGUUUUCUCAUUAGUAAUGUGCUGUGAAUGUUUCUUUACUGAAAGUCUGAUGACAUGAAGUUUGGUUUUGCUUGGUUGAGGAUGUCUUUAUUUUCACCCUCAUUCUUUUUCCUUUUUUCUUUGAAAAUGACCAUUUAUAAUUGUAUAAGUUUAUGGGAUACAAAAUGCCAUUAUGACUUUUGAAUACAAUGUAGAAGAUUAAAUCAAGCCAGAUAAAAUAUCCAUCACCUCAGACACUCAACAUUUUUUAUGCUAAGAAUGUUUGUAUUGUAUUCUCUUAGCAAUUUUGAAACAUAUGAUAUUCUCUUAUAAUUAUAUUCACCAUACUGUGCAAUAGAUCUCAAAAAGAAAAAAAAUAUUCCCCUUAGCUGAAAUUUUGUAGCCUUUAACCAUUGUCUCCCCAUUCUCCCCACUCCCAGCCUCUGAAGCUAUGGUUCUACUCUCUGCUUCUGUGAGUUUUAUUAUUUUAGAUUCUAUAUAUAAAUGAGAACAUGUGGUAUUUGUCUUUCUGUGCCUGGCUUUAUUUCACUUAGCAUAAUGUUCUCCACUUCCAUCCUUGUUGUCAGAAAUGACACGAUUUCAUUCUUUUUUUAAGGCUGAGUAGUAUUUUAUCAGGUACAUAUACCUCAUUGUAUAUGAUAAAAUACUAUGUAUGAUCUUCAUCUGUUCAUCUUUUGAUGGACAUUAGGAUGAUUCCCUGUCUUGGCCAUUGUCAGUAAUGCUGCAGUGAAUAUGGGAGUGCAGACAUCUCUUCAACAAACUGAUAUCAGGUCUGCAGGGUAAACAGCCAGAAGUAGGAUUGCUGGAUGCCCUCAUUCUUGAAAAGAUGUUGGUGUUGCUGGAUGCACAAGUCUAAGAUGAUAAUAAUUUCCUUGUAGAACUCUGAAGAUAUUGCAUGUUCCUGAGGCUUCUGUUCUUAUUAUUGAGGGGUUAACUCUUACUCAGUUGCUCAAUAGGUAGCCUGCUGCUUAACUAUGACCACUUUAACUUGUUCUGUUUGCUUUUGAUGUUCUUAGUCUCUUUCUGUUUAUCACGUCUGCAUGUCACAUGCUGCUUCUUGAGUCUGAGAAGGAGAUAUUUCAAGUAUGAAGAAUUAUUCAGCCAUCCUCUCUUGAUCACCUCCCUUAGAUGCUGUAUUACUUAGAUGUAGUAUACAUCUUCUCACUGUAUACUCCAGGUUGUGUUGCCUUUUCUACCCAUAUGUUUUACCUCUCACAUUUGAGAUAAUUUCUUUAGAUUUCUGGUUUCUUUUCUGUAUAGUACAUCUAAUGUACUCUUUAACCCGUGUAUUGAGUUUGUUUUUUCCUUUAUAUUUAAACCUCAGGUUUAUAAGGGUUGGUCAAUUAUACUUCUUAUACUCUUCAGUUCAUGAUAUACAAUUAUUGUUGUUCUAAGCAACACCCUUCUGGCCUUAUUUAUUCCAUUUUAUCCCUAAUUCCUAACAUCAUACCCCUCCCCAUCUCAGGCAACCAUUCUGAAAUAUUUAACACAUACCUUUUUAUGUGUAUACUUCUAUAUUUCUAACUAUCUUGAGUGCAUAUUUUUAACUUACAUAAGUAUAUUCUCUAUAAAUCAUGUCCUCAAUUUUUGUAUAAAGGCUUGUGAUUUUAAAGAUAUAUUUGUAUUGACUUACAUAUAUAUAUACACUAUUGCUUUUAAGUGCAGCAUAAUAUUCUAUAAUGUGCAUUCAGCAUACUUUGUUUUGUUUUUUUUGUUUUGUUUUGAUACUGGGGAUUGAACCCAGAUAUUUGUCUUACCACUGAGCCACAACUCCCAAGUUGAAGUGAUCUUGAACUCACAAUCCUCCUGCCUCAGCCUCCAGAGUUGCUGGUAUUAUAUACCACACCCCAAUUGCACUCACCAUGUUUUAAUGAUGUGUUCAUUCAGUGAUGGGUCCUGUGUUCAGUAAGACAACUAAUGUGGGAGAGAUGCCCAAGCAGAACUUAAAAACUCUCUCACCCCAUCCUCCUACUACUCCUGUGCCCAGAAACCCUCAGCUCUGGACCGCUACAAACCCUAUCUCCAACUCACCCACCUCACACACACAUGUAAUCUGUGAGUCUUCACUCUCCCUAAGACAUUGCAAAUUUAUUUGUUCUGUCCUUAGAUCUGUCGGUCUCUUUUCCAUCUGUGGGGUCUCCACCAUUGAUUUUUGAGUCAGAAUGUCAACCUCCAGUUGUCAGCCUUCAAGUUCUCCAUUUCAUUGCAUUUACUAAAUUUAAUAGUUACAAUUUUUCAGCUUUAUAAUCCUCUUUUGUUCUUCAUUUCUGCCUGGUCAUAUUUUAUGAUAUCUUGUUCCUUCACAUACUCAAUGCUCUUUCAUUUCUUUAACUGUAUUAAGCAAACAUACUUUGUAUUCUGUAUCCAAUAUUGCCAGUUCAUUGGUGUUUUGUGAGUUUGAUUUUGUAGUUUAUUUUUCUUUAACUUACUUGGGAUGGCUUGAUUACCAAGCCUAUGUUCCUUGGAAUUUUAUCUCUAGAUUUAUUUUAAGACCCAGGUUUUUAAAGUGUAUUCCUCCAGAGAGAAUAUGUUAUUGUUUUUGUCUGACUUCUGAUGUUCAAAUUCAGAUCACUCCAAAUUUUCAGCUUGAAAAUUUGGGUAGGGCAGGGGCACUACAUAGGUGUUGUGAAUUCUAACCCUAAGUCAGGGAGAAUAUAAUUCCAUGAUUAGGAAUAGACAGGAAAGACAUUUGCUUAUUUGUUUUGCCCAGACACAAGACUGAGAUAAGCAAAUAUACCCGCAUUCUUGCUCUGCAGAGCAAUGUAUCUUUCCUGUUUACCUACUAAGCCUAUUGGCUCUGCAGGAUCUUGAAUUUCACAUACAUACACACACACACUUGAACCUAGCUCCAGCCCUGGGCUUUAUCUCCUACCUGCCUCAAAACAUACUUCAUUCACUUUGUACUAUUGUACUAGGACAUCUAGUCCACUGUAUUUCUUGAAGUGGAAACCUUCAUAUUCUUUUUUAUUCCUGAAGCUUUCAUAUUCUUAAACUCAACUUAGUAGUAUACGUUCAUGAUGUCGUAGUAGAGGGAAUACAAGAAAUUAUUGCAUUCUAAUUUCUACUUAAUAUAUAAUUAGACAUGUACACAGGCAUUUAGAAUAGAAAGUAAGAAUCAGAUGGCAAAGAAAAGAUUAUAUGAAAGGAAUGGACAGUAGAACCAAAACAAAACAAGAAAGUCAUAUGAUAGAUUUAAAUCCAGUUAUUAGAAUGUGUAUGAAUAGGAGAAAAAUGUCAUGAAGAAAUAAGCAAAAAGACAUGAAUUCUAAUUGUGACAUAAUUGGUUUGUUAUCAUCAACAAGUUACUGUGCUUCUCAUUGCUUCACUCUUCUCAUUUGCAAAAUAAAAAUAAUAAGAACUUUUGA